AUGAGGUUUUUCUCCUAUGAAAAUGCUAAGCUUUACAAGGAGAAAACUAAGAGGUGGCAUGACCAAAAAAUUAAAGCUCGAGUCUUUGAGAAGGGGCAGAAAGUGUUACUCUUCAACUCGCGCUUGAAGUUGUUUCCUGGCAAAUUGAAGUCCCACUGGUCAGGCCCAUUCACCGUGGUGAAAGUUUACCCCUUUGGAGCAAUUGAAGUUCAGGAAGAUCAAUCCAGAAGGGAAUUCAAAGUGAAUGGGCAGCGUUUGAAACAUUAUUGGGGAGGUGAGGUCGACUGCGAGAAGACCUCCAUCACUUUGGAGGAUCCUUAA